AUGUUGCGGGCAAAAUAGUCACACACUGGGGCUGUCUAGUAAACAGUAUCAGUGACCUGCGGUGAUCACUAUACAGAGUAAUUUUAUAUACAUUUUCUAUUGGAAAAAUGUCAAAUCACCACUUAUUUCUUCCGUAUGGAUAUGUUCGUCCACCUUUUGGCUUAGGUAUUGGUCGCUAUGUAUGUCAGCUCCAAAGAGUUACAUUAAAAUUUUGUAAACGAAUGGGUGAUAGUGGUGGAAUAAGGAAGUUUCUUGAAAAUGAUUUAAUCAAUUUUGCAAGAGAAAAUCCUGGAGUUGUAGUAUACGUUAAACCAAGAAGACACAGAAGUGCAGUUAUAAAAGCAGAAUAUUUGAAUGGAGAGACACAGUGGAUGAGUGUUGCCAAUUAUAGUCGUGAAGACGUUUAUCAAUUGAUGCAUUUAAUGAAAACACAAUAUCAUGAUGGAUCUUCUGUUAGAUUACUCAAAUUAUGGCGUACAAAUUUCCCUUCGAUUCAAGGACCUUGGACACCUUUUACUUUUAAGGAACCAGCAUUAAAUUUGGCAGAAUAUCCUGAUGAAAAGCUUGGAAAAUAUAAAUUACAAGAGCCCACAGCAACAGAAGAAUUGAUUAGAUUAUUUAAGGAACAACAAGAAAUGGAGAAACUGCAAGAAGAAGAAGAAAAGAUUAAAAAAGGACUGGCUAAAUAAUAUGUUCAACUAAUUUUAAUAUUGUACUAUAUAAAUUAACAAUGUAAAUAAAUUCAUAGAAGUAUA